AAUCUCCUUCAACUCUCACAAACAAACACAAUUACAAACAAAUCUCUCUCUGUCUCUUUUUUCCCCUAAUUCUCAAACACUAGAUUUGUUCAAUGGCUCCCAAAGCAGCAGAGAAGAAGCCGGCCGAGAAGAAGCCCGCCGCCGAGAAAGCCCCGGCCGAAAAGAAGCCCAAGGCCGGCAAGAAGCUCCCCAAGGAAGCCGGAGCCGCCGCUGCCGACAAGAAGAAGAAGAGAAGCAAGAAGAGCGUGGAGACUUACAAGAUCUACAUCUUCAAGGUGCUCAAGCAGGUUCACCCUGACAUCGGUAUCUCCAGCAAGGCCAUGGGGAUAAUGAACAGCUUCAUCAAUGAUAUCUUCGAGAAGCUCGCCCAGGAGUCUUCCAAGCUGGCCAGGUACAACAAGAAGCCCACAAUUACUUCUCGGGAGAUUCAGACUGCUGUCAGGCUUGUGCUCCCCGGUGAAUUGGCCAAGCAUGCUGUUUCUGAAGGCACCAAGGCGGUCACCAAAUUUACAAGCUCUUAAAUUUGUCUUGGUGGAGUGCGCUGAAGCUGUUUGAUGAAAUGUGUAGCUGGUAGAUUUUGUUUAGAAGUUGUUAGGAAUGUGGAUCUGUGGUGGUUUGAUCAUAUGUUUAGUUUAUGCUAGUAGUUUGUGAUGGGAAUUGAAUUGCAUUUCGGUGUAAUCAGAUAUGUUACAUAAAAUGAUAUUGGAACUUUUGCUGCUA